CGAGCCACUGGAUCCCUCUCAUUACUGAGAACACAGACAAGGACAGCAGGUGUGAACUUGUAUGGAAAUAGGGUUCCUCUGAUUCUGGUGGGAAACAAGUCGGACCUGGUGGAACACAGCAGCAUGGAGACCAUACUGCCCAUCAUGAACCGGCACAGUGAGAUAGAGACUUGUGUUGAGUGUUCAGCAAAGAACCUGAAGAACAUCUCAGAGCUGUUCUACUACGCCCAAAAGGCAGUUCUGCACCCCACAGGUCCUCUUUACUGUCCAGAUAAAAAAGAUAUGAAGCCACUGUGCGUCAAAGCCUUGACUCGAAUCUUCAAAGUGUCUGACCUGGACAAUGAUGGGAUUCUCAAUGAUAACGAGCUCAACUUCUUCCAGCGGACGUGCUUUAACACCCCACUGGAGUCUCAGGCGUUAGAGGAUGUAAAAAAUGUGGUGAGGAAGAAUUUGAGUGACGGAGUGUGUGACAACGGACUCACUCUGCAAGGCUUCCUCUUCCUCCACACCCUGUUCAUCCAGCGGGGGCGCCAUGAAACAACGUGGACAGUGCUGAGGAGGUUUGGGUACGACGAUGACCUGGAGUUAAAUCAGGACUACCUCUUUCCUCCGUUGAAAGUUCCUCCAGACUGCACCACAGAGCUCAACCAUAAUGCCUACCUCUUCCUUCAGAGCGUCUUUGACAAACAUGACAAGGACCGUGACUGUGCCUUGUCACCAGAGGAGAUGAGGGACCUGUUUGAUGUUUUUCCCUACAUGCCCUGGGGUCCAGAUGUCAAUAACACAGUUUGCACUAAUGACCAGGGCUGGAUCACCUACCAGGGAUAUCUCUCCCAGUGGACGUUAACAACAUAUCUGGAUGUCCAGCGAUGCCUGGAGUAUUUGGGUUACCUCGGUUACUCAAUAAUUGCUGAGCAGGAGUCCCAAGCAGCAGGAAUUACAGUGACCAGAGAUAAGAAGAUUGACCUGCAGAAGAAGCAGACGCAGCGCAGCGUCUUUCGCUGUAAUGUCUUUGGAGACAUUGGCAGCGGCAAGAGCGGCUUCCUCCAAGCCUUCUUGGGUAGAAACCUCAUGUGUCAAAAAACAAUUAGAGAGGAACACAGAUCCUACUAUGCCAUCAGCACAACCUAUGUUUACGGCCAGGAGAAAUAUCUUCUUCUUCAUGAAGUAUUCCCUGACUUUGACUAUCUGUCUGAUGCUGAUCUGGCCUGUGACAUUGUCUGCCUGGUCUAUGAUGUCAGCAACCCUUACUCCUUUGAAUACUGCACCAAAGUCUUCAAGCAAUACUUCAUGGACAGCAAGAUUCCAUGUAUGAUGAUAGCAGCGAAGUCAGACCUGCCAGAGAUCAAACAGAUCUACGGCUGCAGUCCUCUGGAGUUCUGUAGGCGGCACAAGAUGCCACCUCCCCAGUCCUUCACAUGUAACACUGCAGCUGCACCCAGCAGAGACAUCUACACCAAACUUACCACAAUGGCCAUGCACCCCCACGCCCGGCUGCGCUGCAUGUGCACUUGUAACCGGUGCACUUUCUGCUUGUGUCAAAACUUCCUCAACUCUGAGCUGCUGCAGACGGUCAGGGCCAAACUCUACGCUGUUGUACUCAUAAGACAUGUAAGCCAAGCAGACCUGAAGAGCUCGACCUUCUGGCUGAAAGCGAGUGUCGGGGCCACCGUGUUUGCCGUGCUGGGCUUCGCCAUGUACAGAGUGCUGCUCAAACCACGGUGAUCCCCGGGCACCUGGGUCCAACCCUCUUCACCCCAUGGUACAUAUAGAGCUAUUUUGACCAGUCACACCAUUGGGUUCUCCCACUUGCAUUUGGUAAAUUAAAAUCUAUUUCAAAUCUGUUGUGGUUUUGUUUUGGCAGGAAAGAAAAAUGUAUGAAAGCUUACCUUCGCAUUUUUGCAUUUUCAUUCCACUGUAAAUUUCUCUUCUUGGGAAUUAAAAGAGAAAGAUAUUUGCAAGUUUUUGCAAAGUAAUAUAUCUAUAUUUAUAUUAAAAAUGAGCAUGAGGGUAAGCCACUGAUGAGCCCAAGUGAGUAACAAGUGAGUUACAUAUAUAGCUAUUUUUGGUUGCUUCCUGUCAGUUGUGAUAGGGAUUGUGAUAUGUCAAUAACACGGAUGCUUUUAUUAGGCUGAACUCUAUGUAUAUAGUGUAUAUAAUACAGUAGACUGUACAUUUGUUUGUCAUUGUAUAACUUACACACACAAUACUGAAUGCAAAUGUAUUAGCUUAACAGUCUGGUUAUGAACUCACACAAACAUUAGCAUUGAUACUCACAUUGACAGAAAUUGGUUUGCCUUUUAGGGCCAAACGCUUGGAUGCAAACUUUUCUAAUGGUUGUACAUUUCAGCAGGUCAGUGUUUGAUCAGUGGAUGUGGAUAUGGGUCUGCUGCUCUCUCUCUCAUGUCUUCUUAUGUUGGUCACUUAAUUCGUCAGCUCAUGCGCGUGUUACUGUGCUAAGAUAUUUUAAAACGACACUUUACAGCCACUCUGUACAUUUUGAAUUUGCAUGCUUCAGAAUUUCUGACCACUUUCCAGUGUUUUAGUGUUUUUACUGUACAAAAGAAUUACCAUGCCAACUUCUCCACAUUGCUUUCCAUCAUCCAGGGAUUAUAGCAGUAACGUUUAUUGACAGGAGUGCUGGACAGAGAAUAGUCGAGUCAUAGUAAAGUUUGACAGUCAUUUGACCCUUGUGAUUCCCGGUCACCUCUCCUGAUUGCAGAAGAUGCAAUAAUGUGGCCCCAGAUGUUGAUUUCCAUGCAUUUGCAACUGCUUGCCACAAUGUACUGUUUGAUGUAUUCACUUAGCCCUGCCUUUCCAAAAGUUUACAAUAAAUAAAUAUCUCUAUUACA